AUGUUAUCUCGGUUGGUAUUUGGAGGGCUGGUUGCUUUGGUAGCCGCUGCCAAUGAGAGUUAUGAGUAUAUUGUGGUAGGCUCUGGGCCGGGCGGUGGACCUGUUGCGGCCAAUCUAGCAAGAGCCGGUCAUUCUGUCCUGCUACUUGAGGCUGGGGACGAUCAAACGCAAAAUGUCAAUGUUUCUCAGUUGAUGAAUUUCAACAUUGCCGCCAAUGACGAGAAGACUAGAUGGGAUUUCUUUGUGAACCAUACGGACAACGACUUGGGAUACAAUCAUAUGGUCUAUCGAAAACCAGACGGCGGUUUCUAUACUGGACUCCAACCACCAAAAGGCGCAACGAGACUGGGCAUCUGGUAUCCUCGGACUGGAACACUUGGUGGUUGCGCAAUGCACAAUGGUGCUGUUGUCAGUCUUCCAGGAGACGCAGACUGGAAUUAUAUCUCGGAAAUCACUGGUGACAAAGGGUGGCUCACACAAAACAUGCGACCACAUUUCAAGGCAAUGGAACGCAACGCUGAUAUUUCUUCUGCGGAUACCUCUCAUGGAUUCAACGGUUGGCUGGAUAUCUCACUCGGAGAUACAACAUGGGCAGAUACGGAUGCCGAUGCAGUAUCACCCGCCAAAAAAGCUGCAAAUAUGACCGGUGGUGACCCAAACCAACUCAAAGCGCUCAUGGGUAGAGAUAUCGACGCAAAAGACCCUAAUCGAGAUCAAACUUUGGGGGUAUUUGGGAGUUGGUCUCACGCAACAAAACAAGGCCAACGCUCCAGUCCUGGAUACUACGUCAAAGAAACUGUAAACGAUCCCGCAAAAUAUCCUCUGACUUUACAAUUAAAUUCUCUCGUUUCAAAAGUCAUAUUCGACAAAACUGGGAAAACACCCAGGGCUGUCGGUGUGGAAUACCUGCGGGGGGAAUUCUUAUACGGAGGCGACCCCCGCAAUGUAGACGGCAAGAGAAAAGGGAAACCUGGCAAAGCAUUUGCAUCAAAAGAAGUCAUCAUUGCCGGGGGCGCGUUCAACAGUCCUCAAAUCCUCAUGCUGAGUGGCAUCGGCCCUGCGGAGGAACUAAAGAAAUUCAACAUCCCAGUUAUAGUCGACUCAUCUGGUGUUGGUCGAAAUCUCGACGACAACUACGAAGGUUCUGUUGCCUCAUUAGCAGCUCGAGACUUCCAAGGAGCCUCCAAUAUAUUCUUCAACUUUCUGAAGACCUCUCAAUCCACCGGUAGUCGGGACAUUCAGAUGUGGUGCGGGCAAUUUUCAUUCGAAGGGUUCUGGCCUGGUUUCCCUGAUGACUUUGGGCCCAAGCAAUACGAAUGCACAUUCGUUCACAUGAAUCCUCGAAGUCAAAAGGGGUUCGUCAAACUUCGCUCGGCUAACCCUCAAGAUACCCCUGAGAUCAACUUCAAGUUCUGGGAGAAGAACAGCGACAAAGACCUCCAGGCCAUGCUUGAAGCUAUCAAAUUUGGCAGGAAGAUUGUCCAGGAUGCGAAGACUGGCUUGGGGCCAUUUACUGAGAUUCAUCCCUGCACCAGUGAUAACUGCUCUGAUGAGGAGACCCUUGCAUUCUUAAAGAAACAAGUUUACAGUCACCACGCUACCAGUACUUGCGCGAUUGGUGGGGACAAUGAUAAGAUGUCGGUUCUUGACUCGAAAUUUCGUGUUCGUGGUGUCAAGGGAUUGAGGGUUGUUGAUGCGUAAGUAAUGCACUGAUGAUAUCCCUCUGUGCUUUGCUUCUGUAUUGUGGUUGCCUGGGGAAAAUGAUCUCUUCUUAGCCUUCCACAAUGCAGGAAAAAUAUAAUACUGAUUGAUUCUCAGAUCUGCGUUCCCCAAGGUCCCCGGCGCUUUCCCGGUUAUUCCAACUAUUGUUUUAAGCGAGAAAGCUACCGACGACAUUCUUUCCGAAUUAAAGGAGAAAUGA